CAGAUUUCCCUCCGAGUUGAGCCUCUCUCUUUACCUCUUACACUCUGCUUGUAGUAUUUUAGAAGCGAUCAUAGGGCGAAGAGUCCAUGUCAUAUUUGUUAUUGCAUGAAAUGCUUCAUACCUGCUUGCCUAGCCUACGAUAAUUGAUAAUACUGCUUCUUAUUCUAUUUCAUGUCUCAUUACGAAGAAGUAAAGGUCCAUGGUUAUGAUUAAUUUAGCAAAGCAGUGUCUGAGAGGAAAGGAAAGGACAUAUUUGCAUAUUUCUCUGGUGAUAAAGACGCUCAAGGGUUGAGCUGGUGUCCAGAUUGUGUGAAAGCUGAGCCAGUUGUUAGAGGAGAGAUGUCCCACCUUCCUGAGGGCUCAGUCUUCUUCUACUGUCAGGUUGGAGAGAGGCCAUAUUGGAAGGAUCCCAAUAAUGAAUUCAAGAAGACUCUGAAGCUCAGUGGAGUUCCCACUCUGAUCCGAUAUGGCACGCCUCAGAAGCUGGUUGAGGAGGAGUGCUUCAAAGCUGACCUGGUGAGGAUGAUGUUCACUGAGGACUAGAGGGCUACAGAGGACCACACUUGCCCUGCACUUGGUCAUCUUCCAUUUCCCCCUCUCCUGAGAUCCAGUCCCAGCCCAAUCACAUUUUCACUACACUUGAUUGAAUUGAUUGUUUCAUUGGAAUUCAAAUACACACUCCUCUCCCUGCGAGUCAGUGUCAAUCAGUGAAUGUGUUGCUAUUCUUACAUGGAAAUAAAAAGCAACUAUAACAUAACCAGAGGCCUCGGUAGAGCUAGCUGACUGCUUUUCGAACUUGAUGUUUAAUUUUAAAAGAAGUUUGUCUAUGGUGCAGUUCACUUUCUGAGAAGCUAGGUGGCUCCCUCAGCCUGUCUAAAUAUAUUAGGCCUAAUAUGUCUUAUAAUAAAACAUUUAAAAAAUCAGAAAUGAUAGAAAUAUAAAUUCUAACUUUUUAUGCGAAAUUACAAAUUAGAUCAUAUAAUUGGCAC